GAGUCGAUAAGACGGACGGACUGCGAGACGGUCUCAGUGCGCACUUGAGCAGAGUCUGCCACCAGACCGCCGCCAUGUACGGCCUCCUGCUGGAGAACCUGGCCGAGUUCAUCAAGGUGACAUACGGCGAGGACCAGUGGGAGACGGUUAGGCGAGAGGCCCUGGUGGACAUGCCGUCCUUCUCCACGCACCAGGUGUACCCAGAGGCGCUGCUGCCUCGGCUGGCCAAGACCGCCUGCAAGGAGCCGCUCUACACCGCUGGCACGGCCGAUGACAAGGUGGCCGCAUUUAUGGAAGUGUGGAACGUCGCAGUCGACGCCCACUCCCUGAUCACGGCCAUGACGUCACACCGUCCCGGCUGGCCACGCCUGCGUGGAGAUACCGAAGCCUCCGCAACUGUGGAGGAGCGCGACUGCGCCUGCGGGCCUGGGCUGGACAAUCUCCAUGAAUACCUCAAGUUUUCAUACCCAAGGAUGCGGCCUCCGUCCUUUUUUUGUGAGAGCGAAACCGCUUCAGGAAUGGUGCUUCAUUACCGAAGCAAACGGAAAGGGUACGGAUUUUACACCAUGGGACAAAUUAAGCAGGUGGCGCGGCACUUCUACGACACCGAGAUGAAGAUCGAGCUGGUGCGCGAAGACUCCUUCAUGGACUCGUUCCACGUGACGUUUCAGCUGACGUUCGACAACCAAGCUUACCGCGAGGCGCACUCGUUCCAGCUGGUGCGGGACGAGCAGAGCCUGCCCAUCAGAGCCAGCAUCAUCUUCGAGCUGUUUCCAUUCUCCAUUGCCUUCACGGCUGACCUGACGGUGCGAAACCUCGGCCAGUCGAUUCUCACCAUCCUGCCGGACCUGCUGGGAAAGCGGCUCAACGACUGGUUCGACCUGGUCCGCCCCCUGGUCGAGUUCCGCUUCGCAUCCAUUUUGAAGAAAACCAAUAACAUUUUUGAGCUCAUUUCCAUCGACGCACCAUCCCAGCUGAACAGCAUGAGCACCAAUGGGAAGGACGGUCUGCACCCAGAAAUUGACGAUGCGACCAUGAUCAGGGAGAAGAACCUCCGCCUGAAAGGCCAGAUGAUGUACUUCGACGAUUGGAAGAUGAUCCUGUUUCUGGGCACGCCGGUCAUGCCCGACCUGGAGGCCAUGAUCCAUACGGGGCUGUUCAUCAACGACCUCUCCAUGCACGACUUCAGCAGGGAUCUGAUGCUGGCCGGCACGCAGCAGUCGAUCGAGCUGAAGCUGGCGCUCGACCAGGAGCAGCUCAAGUCCAAGAAGCUGGAGGAGUCGAUGCGCAAGCUGGACGAGGAGAUGCGCCGCACGGACGAGCUGCUGUACCAGAUGAUUCCCAAGGAGGUGGCCAACCGCCUGCGGAAGGGCGAGAACCCGGUGGACACGUGUGAGGUGUUCGACAGCGUCACCAUCAUCUUCUCUGACGUGGUCACCUUCACCGAGAUCUGCAGCCGGCUCUCACCCAUGCAGGUGGUCUCCAUGCUGAACUCCAUGUACUCCAUCUUCGACCAGCUGACGGAGCUCAACGAAGUCUACAAGGUCGAGACGAUCGGCGACGCCUACAUGGUGGUGGCCGGUGCGCCCGAGAAACGCGAUAACCACGCCGAGCGUAUCUGCGACAUGGCGCUCGACAUGGUGGAGGGCAUCACAGGCCUGACGGAUCCGUCCACAGGUAACCAUAUCCAGAUCCGAGUGGGCGUGCACUCCGGCACGGUGGUGGCCGGCGUGGUGGGGCUGAAGAUGCCGCGCUACUGCCUGUUCGGCGACACGGUCAACACAGCAUCAAGGAUGGAGUCAAACAGCCAGGCAAUGAAGAUACACAUCUCAGAAACUACCAAGGUGUGCCUGGGAAAGCUAUAUCGCACCGUGGAAAGAGGAGAGAUUGAGGUCAAAGGAAAAGGCGCGAUGAAGACGUAUUGGCUUGAGUCGCGGACGGGCAGGAAGCCGCUGCACGAGAAGGUGCGGGUGGAGGAGUGUCUCACCAAGAUGGACCGCCUGGCGGAGUCGGCUCGCGGCGGUCGGCGCAGUUACACGCCCAUCAGCCAGGUGUCGCGCCAGGAGCGGCCGAGCACGGCGACCAGCAGUGCCAUCAGCAUUCGCGGCACAAGCGCGGGAACAGUGGACGAGCGCGUGCUGGACAUCAAGCAGCGUCGCCAGCACUCGGCGCAGAGCCAGCCGCUGUCCGUGGCCGCCGCCCUGGCGACGCCGCCGCCGGCGCGCAGUCACAGCCUGCGGCCGUCGACGCCGCUGGCGCCCAUCUCGGCCAAGGAGAGCGGCCUCAGCCGGGAGCUGCAGGCGCUCGGGCAUGAGUACGGCGACGGCACGGAGCGCCUGGUGAGCAGCGCCAGCUGCUGUCCCUCCUCGCGCCACGACUCGCGCAGCUCCGUCUGUCAGAUCGUCUGA